UCAGUCUACGGUUAUGGAGUGCAGAAACGGCCCCUGGAUGACGGAGGUCUCCGUGUAAGUGGGCUCCAUGGAGCACAGAUAAGAGAGACAGAGAGAAUAGGUAACCAGUUAGGGGCCCUGGUACAUCAAAGGGCUGUAAUAACAGAAGAGUUCAAAGUGCCUGAUAAAAUGGUUGGAUUUAUAAUCGGCAGGGGAGGUGAACAGAUCUCACGGAUUCAGGCAGAGUCUGGCUGCAAAAUUCAAAUUGCUCCAGACAGUGGUGGGAUGCCCGAGAGGCCCUGUGUACUCACCGGGACGCCAGAGAGCAUUGAACAAGCAAAACGGCUACUGGGGCAGAUUGUAGAUCGCUGUCGGAACGGACCUGGUUUUCACAACGAUGUUGAUGGCAACAGUACGAUUCAGGAGAUUUUGAUCCCGGCAUCCAAAGUGGGUCUAGUCAUCGGCAAAGGAGGUGAAACAAUAAAACAGUUGCAGGAGCGGACAGGUGUGAAAAUGAUCAUGAUCCAAGACGGUCCGUUGCCUACUGGAGCAGAUAAACCUCUCCGUAUUACUGGAGAUGCAUUUAAAGUACAGCAAGCGAGGGAAAUGGUACUGGAGAUCAUCCGAGAGAAAGAUCAGGCAGACUUCCGAGGCGUACGCAAUGAUUUCAGUUCUAGAAUGGGAGGAGGCAGCAUAGAGGUCUCUGUGCCCAGGUUUGCUGUUGGAAUUGUGAUAGGAAGAAAUGGAGAAAUGAUCAAAAAGAUUCAGAAUGAUGCUGGAGUUAGGAUUCAGUUUAAACCAGAUGAUGGGAUUAGUUCUGAAAGAGUCGCACAGGUCAUGGGGCUUCCCGAUAGGUGUCAACACGCAGCACACAUCAUCAGUGAGCUCAUUCUCACAGCACAGGAACGAGAUGGCUUUGGAAGCUUGGCUGUUGCCCGAGGAAGAGGUCGUGGCCGCGGGGACUGGAGCGUUGGAACACCUGGGGGCAUGCAGGAAAUAACCUACACGGUGCCAGCCGAUAAGUGUGGUCUCGUUAUAGGCAAAGGUGGUGAGAACAUCAAGAGCAUAAAUCAGCAGUCGGGAGCCCAUGUGGAGCUCCAGAGAAACCCACCUCCGAACACAGACCCUGGUGUACGAAUAUUCACAAUCAGAGGAGUUCCCCAGCAAAUUGAACUCGCUAGACAUCUCAUAGAUGAGAAAGUUGGUGGUACCAGCAUGGGUGGACCUGGAGGAUUUGGUCAGAGUCCGUUCAGCCAAGCACCUGCUACACCUCAUCAAAAUGGUCCUCAGGCGUUCAUGACGCAGGGUUGGGGCAGUACCUACCAGACGUGGCAGCAGCCUGGACAGCAAGUCCCAAGCCAACAGAGCCAGCAGCAGAACAGCCAUCCCGAUUACAGCAAAGCAUGGGAGGAGUAUUUCAAAAAACAGAGUCAUGCUGCCAGUGCUGCUUCUCAGGCAAGUUCCCAGCCGGACUACACGAUGGCUUGGGCAGAGUAUUACAGACAGCAGGCUGCCUACUAUGGGCAGACACUAGGGCAGGCUCAGGCCCAUAGCCAGGAGCAGUAGAACAAGGUCCUCGUGGCAAUUUUUUUUUUUUCUUGGAAUCAUUGUGGAAGAAAACCUUUUUGUAACAGAGGUUUCUAGAUUUGCAACAUUUUGAUGAAGACUUUUCUGUUUGUUUGUGAAACACUAGUUGUAGGAUAAUCUAUACUGAACUUUUCUAAGAAUCAGGAACAAUUAGUAAUGUACUAAACUUAUGGACAUGCUGGUAAUUUUGUUUCCAAAUUUGUAAAAAA